GAAUUGCAACAAGAAUAAAAAAUAUAAACAGCAAAAAUGUUUGAGGCACGUCUCGGUCAAGCAACCAUACUUAAGAAAAUUCUGGACGCUAUCAAGGAUUUGCUCAAUGAAGGCACCUUUGAUUGCAGUGAUUCAGGCAUUCAGCUCCAGGCCAUGGACAACUCUCAUGUGUCACUGGUUUCCCUAACUUUGAGAUCUGAUGGCUUCGAUAAGUUUCGCUGCGAUCGCAAUCUAUCUAUGGGCAUGAAUCUUGGCAGCAUGGCAAAGAUAUUGAAAUGUGCCAACAACGAGGAUAACGUGACAAUGAAGGCGCAGGAUAAUGCGGACACAGUUACCAUUAUGUUCGAGUCAGCGAAUCAGGAAAAAGUCUCGGACUAUGAGAUGAAACUGAUGAAUCUCGACCAGGAGCACUUGGGCAUUCCCGAAACGGAUUAUUCGUGUGUGGUGCGAAUGCCAGCGAUGGAAUUUGCGCGCAUUUGCCGUGACUUGGCCCAGUUCAGUGAGUCGGUCGUCAUAUGCUGCACCAAGGAAGGUGUGAAAUUCUCUGCCAGCGGCGAUGUUGGUACCGCUAACAUUAAAUUGGCCCAAACUGGCUCCGUUGACAAGGAGGAAGAGGCCGUUAUUAUUGAUAUGCAGGAGCCUGUCACGCUCACAUUCGCCUGUCGUUACCUGAAUGCUUUCACCAAAGCGACACCGCUGUCCACCCAAGUGCAGCUGUCCAUGUGCGCUGAUGUGCCUUUGGUGGUUGAAUAUGCCAUUAAGGAUCUGGGUCACAUACGCUACUAUCUGGCACCCAAGAUCGAAGAUAACGAAACAUAAGACAAGCUGUCAUAUAUACCUGAAACGUAUUCAUAUAUUAACAUUAUACCACAUAAAACUUUUUUCAUCCAUUCUAAUUAUUAAGAUACAAUAAAGCAUUUCCUUGGUCAAAAAUAAAUAUUAUACAAAAGUCAAAUAC